AAAUUUAUGAGUGAAAAUAGUUCAUUUGUGGUGACUUUAUAAACGUUGAUAUGUAAUGAAACUUUAUGUUUUGCAACUAUUAGUGCACUAGGUAUGGAUGUACUGACUGGCACCCUCAUUGGUGCUUUUGUAGUUUGGUUUGUAUGUAUUCGACAUCAUGGAAAAGGACCAAAGAAAUACAAGAUUAGAAGAAAAGGAAAAUAUGACUUGGAAUAUAUACCAAGAACAGUAAAGGUUCCCGCUGUACGUGGGUGGAAAACGUCACUCGUUUGUAAGGUGGCUAACUCUUAUUUUGGGAAGAUGUUUUUGUUGGACAUGAUGCUGCAAAACGGCGAUUUCAAAAUAUUUCGGACAAUUCAAAUGAAAAUGAACCCAACCUUCUACCCUAAUAUUGAACUAACUGAGCCGUGUGCAAAACCUGAUGAUGUCAGCUUAACCAAUGAGGAAAUGCAGGAAGUUUUAAAUGGCAGUGUUGCCAAAGAUGGGUUUAAUUUCAAUUGUGCUCAAGACUUUGUAAGGCAAUACAAGAGUGGCGAAACCACCCCGACCGCUGUGGCAGAAAACGCAAUUAUUGCAAUCACCAACUCUGAGAAAUUGAACGCCAUUGUCAAAUAUGACAUUGCUUCUAUAAAGAAGCAAGCAGCUGCAUCAACUGAUAGGUAUAGAACCAAUACCACAUUAUCCCCAAUUGAUGGCGUUAUUAUUGUUGUGAAGGAUGAGUUUGCAGUGAAAGGUUUUCCCCAUACUUCUGGGUCAUCAUACAGACAUCCUAAUGAACCAGCAAAAGCAGAUUCAGGUGUUGUAACAAAGAUGAGAGACCUGGGAUGUAUUGUACUUGCUGUGGUAAACAUGCAUGAGUUCGGUAUUGGAACCUCUGGGAAUAACCCCAAUAAGGGUUUUGGGGCAUGCAGGACACCGUACCAUCUUGACCAUUUUUCUGGUGGGAGUUCUUCUGGUUGUGCUUCUGCAGUUGGAGCUGGAAUUGCAACUAUGGGCAUUGGCACAGAUGGAGGAGGUUCAAUUCGAAUUCCAUCUGCAUAUUGUGGAGUGGUUGGUUUGAAACCAACAUUUGCUCGAGUUACUUUGGCUGGUGUGGAUGGUUUAUCUUACAGUGUAGGACAUGCAGGUCCUAUAUGUAACUGUGUGCGUGACGUAGCUUUGUUCUAUGCUUUACUGAGUGGACCUGAUCCUGAGUAUCCUCUUGGUUUAAAACAACCAAAAGUAAAACUUCCGAAGUUUGGUGGGAAUUUGGACGGCAUCAAAAUUGGAAUUGACAGGAGAUAUUUUAAAGAUUGUUCUCCGGACAUGUUUAAGAUCUGUAGUGAUGCUCUUCCUCUUCUUGAGUCCUCCGGAGCAACGCUGGAGACGGCUGAGUUUGCGGAGAUCACCGACAUCUGUAUUGCCCACCGCAUCACUAUAUUGUCUGAGAUGUCAACGAACAUCAGUUCAGAUUUCGAUAAUGAGUUUAAUGCAAUUUCGGUUCCAUCACGCACCUUAUUCGCUCUUGGUAGAUCAAUUACUGCACAAGAUUUUAUCCAAGCUAACAAGCAAAGGACAAGGGCCAUUGAAAUAACUGAGGAAUUUUUCAAGAAAUACGAUGCACUUGUCACCCCCACUACUGGCCAAACUGCACCUCUUAUACAUUCUGAUGAACUUGCUGUAGGAGCCACAAAUCCAAGCCAAGAUGGAGUCAACAUGAGGUUUGUUGCACUUGGUAAUUUCACCGGUAUCCCAGCUAUUACUGUUCCUGUUGGUUACAAUGAUAAAGGUCUUCCAGUUGGAUUUCAGAUCAUGUGUGCUUGGUGGAGAGAGGAUAUUGCUCUGCAAAUUGCUGAAUAUUUAGAGAGAAAGAUAGCAUUGCAAAAACCAAGGAUAUAUAAUGAUAUUCUUGCAGCUUAAUUAAAGCUUACAGUUUAAUGAUGCAAUGUAUUCUGUUAUAACUAAUUCAUUUAUACCUACUAAUUUUGCUUAGGGAUUCUGUGUACCCUCAAAUGUACUAAAACGACUAAUUUUCCUGCCUAAAAUGCUUAUUAACAAUAUAUUUUACUUCUAGCUCUGAAGCUAUGCAAAGUUUAUAACGUAUUACUAGAAGCUUACCCUAUUUGUGCAGAUUUAUAUAAACUUUCAUAGCCUAUUACUUUAGCAGAAGGGCCGAUGUUUAUUGUUUCCUGAUGUUUUUUUAAUUUUUUAAACACUGAAACUUCAACGUUUUCCUGUUUUGUGUUACAGCGGUUCAGUUAAUUUUUUUGUUAAAACCAUUACACAUAUUGCACGUUUAAUUUUGCCCUUUAAUUGUUUUUUUUUGCGAUUAUUAACCUAUUGCAGAAAUAAACAUAUUACUCAGCAUUU